AUGAGCAAAAUUGUUGUCCGAUUCCCAUCAGAUUUGUAUCUGGUCAGCCACGUUUUGGUCAUCGCGUUUAACAGUCUGCUUAUUGUUCCAACUGUAAUGCUGAACAUUGUCUCCGUUACCGCUAUUAUGAAGUCGACCCGUCUGAGAAGCAAGCCAUGUUACUUUCUCGUUGUCAUCCAGUCCGUGGUAGACCUGAUAGUCGGUUCAAUUGGCAUUCCGUUGUUCAUCUUCUAUGUUGUCUCGCCGAUUGUGGGAUUCUUAAACUGCACAGUCAGCUUUGUCACCGCGCAAACGUUCUUUAUCCCGUCGGCUGUAUCCAUCAUAACGCUAUCUGCUAUGACCGUGGAAAGAUAUAUCGGUGUUUUGCAUCCGUACGCCUACACAACGAAAGUUACCAAGGGAAAAAUUAUGGCUUAUGAAUGCUGCGGAUGUUUCCUUAUCAUUCUCCUUUUUGGUGUUUCACUACCGCUCAAAAGAGUAAUAACGUACUUCUCUACAUUUCUCAUUCUGGUAUUUUUCAUUCUCAAUGCGUACGUCUAUUCAAGGAUAUACGCGGUUGUUGUAAAGAUAGCACGUUCGGAUAAAGCUCAAAAUAGAAACCUAAGAGACCAAAAUUCAAGUAAGAGAAAAACGUUUAUCGACGAAAUAAAACAGGCGAAAUCCUGUUUUCUCGUGCUGAUGUGCUUUGUCGUAUGUUUUCUUCCAUUAGCACUUACCAGUGUUGUAAGCCCGAGUGGCUUCGAUCACGUUUUGUACCAGAUAUGGUCAAUGACGUCGAUAAUGCUAAAUUCCAGCCUAAAUUCAGUUAUAUUCUUUUGGACGAAGAGAGAGCUAAGAGUGCAGGCUUUACACGUUUUAAAAAGAAACGCAGUAACCCCAUGAAGUAGUCGGGGAGGCGAGUUUUUCUAUAGCGGAUUGCUUAAGCAGUUACAUUUUAUACCGCAUCGCAGAACGGACGCCUGCUCGUAUACUACUAUAAUUACAUAACUAUAUGAAACUUAUUGGAUUGCUUUUCCAUCACUUCCAGCACAGCUUAUCCCUAAUCCGUUAAAGAAUCGCUAUGUUAUAAUUAAUACAGCAGCCUAACCGGGGCCUCAACUUCACAAUGACAUAAGAGGGUAAAUAAUAUGACAGCGAAUUAUUUAUAGCCAUUGGUGU